CGCGGCAGCUCCUCGGCGCUGCGCUGUCACUUCGCCCAGCAUCUCCUCCCGAGGAGCAGUACAGAGAGGAGGAGAGGAAAGGAAACGCGCUGAAAAUGUCUUUGGGGUCCUCCGCGUUUUCUCUCCUGCGAUGAAGCAGAGGCUGUGGGACUGGGCGGACGCCGUCAUAUGGGCCUUCAUUCUCACAGACAUGCGGGGUCUUUUUCGCCGGUGCUGUUAACGCAGGAAAAAGCUAAAAAAUAACUGUUAGAAAACACAGAAGAUGAAGAAGCAAUUCAAUCGAAUGCGACAGCUCGCCAACCAGACCGUUGGCAGGGCAGAAAAAACAGAAGUACUAAGCGAGGACCUACUACAGGUGGAGAAGCGUCUGGACCUGGUCAAGCAGGUCUCCCACAGCACACAUAAGAAACUCACCGCCUGCCUGCAAGGACAGCAAGGGGCUGACGUGGACAAGAGAUCGGUCAAGUCACCUUCGAAAAAGUUGCCACUGACCACACUGGCCCAGUGUAUGGUGGAAGGAGCUGCAGUACUAGGAGACGACUCUCUACUUGGCAAGAUGUUGAAGCUGUGUGGGGAGACGGAAGAGAAACUGGCCCAGGAGCUGAUUCUCUUUGAGUUCCAGAUUGAGAGAGAUGUGGUGGAGCCUCUGUACGUCCUGGCUGAGGUGGACAUUCCCAACAUACAGAAACAGAGGAAACAUCUAGCCAAGCUUGUUCUGGACAUGGAUUCAGCACGGACAAGGUGGCAGCAGUCAUCCAAGUCCUCCAGUCACCCCAGCAACCUGCAACCGAGCGGGGCCAAAGCAGAUGCCCUCAGAGAGGAGAUGGAAGAAACAGCCAAUCGGAUGGAAAUCUGCAGGGACCAGUUAUCAGCAGACAUGUAUAAUUUUGUGGCCAAAGAAAUAGACUAUGCAAACUACUUUCAGACGCUUAUAGAGGUUCAGGCGGAGUAUCACAGGAAAUCUCUGGAGAUUCUGCAGAGUGUGCUGCCUCAGAUCAAAGCGCACCAGGAGGCCUGGAUAGAGAAACCAUCCUAUGGCAAGCCGUUAGAGGAACACCUGACCCUCAGCGGCAGAGAGAUAGCCUUCCCCAUUGAGGCCUGUGUCACCAUGCUGCUGGAGUGUGGCAUGCAAGAAGAGGGUUUGUUCCGAGUGGCUCCCUCCGCCUCCAAACUGAAGAAGCUAAAGGCGUCGCUAGACUGUGGGGUGGUGGACGUGCAAGAGUACUCUGCGGAUCCGCACGCUAUAGCAGGGGCUCUGAAGUCAUAUCUCCGUGAACUCCCUGAGCCUCUGAUGACCUCUGAGCUCUACGAAGAGUGGAUUCAGGCCUCAAAUAUUCAAGAUAUGGACAAGAGGCUCCAAGCCCUGCUGUCUGCAUGUGAGAAACUUCCACCGGACAAUUUAAACAAUUUCAGAUACUUAAUUAAAUUCCUAGCCAAGCUGACCGAGUACCAGGACUCCAACAAAAUGACUCCUGGCAACAUUGCAAUAGUACUGGGACCCAAUCUGCUGUGGUCGCAUUCUGAAGCGAACAUGACAGAAAUGAUGACCACUGUGUCCCUGCAAAUUGUCGGAAUCAUUGAGCCUAUCAUACAGCAUGCUGACUGGUUCUUCCCAGGAGAUAUUGAGUUCAACCUGACGGGCAGCUACGGCAGCCCCAUGCACACCAACCACAACUCCAACUACAGCUCCAUGCCCUCUCCAGACAUGGACCAAUCAGAACGCAAGCAGCCGCACGACCAGAGCCGACGCCCCCUCAGCGUUGCCACCGACAACAUGAUGCUGGAGUUCUACAAAAAGGAUGGCAUUAGGAAAAUUCAAAGUAUGGGGGUCAGGGUGAUGGACACGUCCUGGGUGAAAGGGAAAAGCGCGGCCACUCUGGCCCGGAAAGCCUCGUCCACCCCGCCCAGCGCACAGCCGCCAGGAUCGCCCGCCGACACGCUCAUCUGUGAGCAGACAGGGGAGCUGGCCACCUCACCUAUCCCCACUCCUCCUCCAGCAGACAGGGCCGGCUCGGACGAGGUGUCGCCCCACCGGCCGGACCCCUCUCAUGCCUAUGCGCCCCACGGGGAGGAGCGGCCGCCCCCUCCUUACCCUUCCGCCUGUUCCACUUCAUCCACCUCCCAUGGCCCCCACCACUUCUACCCCAAACCCCCUCCCUGCGCACGCCCUGUCGCCCCAGGUCCCGAGUCCCAGCCCCCCGACUCCCCCCCCUUACGUUGGUCCGGCUUUGGCCCCCCUGCUCAGCCCCAGCCCCUGCCCCAGCUGCCCCCACCCUCCUCCUCUUCCUCUUCCUCCUCUUCCUCCCUCGACAUCAACUCCAACCCCAAGCCCAGCUGUCUGCACUUCCCCAAACACGGCCCCGCGUGUGACCCGCAGCAUGCCGCCCCACUCGAUGCGAACGCCUCCCCCCUCUAUGUUAAAACGCCCCUGGUGCUGACCCGCCACGAGGUGGCACUCGGAAACCCCCCUAGCCUACCCUCCUCUGGCCCCCCUCCGUGGGCCGCCUGCCCAUGCGCCCGUGAGCGAGGACCCCCCAGGCUGACUAGCACUCUGAAGAGCAAGGAGCUCUCGCCUGUGAUCGGCCAUAAGGCUGUGCAGGUGACAGGACCGACAGUGCCCCCUGUUGGAGGCCAGCAGAGCAACAGCCAGUCGCCCCACUCAGCCGAGCACAGCCCCCACACGCUGCGCAAAGCCUCGAAGAAGCUGGCCCCUGUGCCACCCAAGGUUCCGUAUGGCCAGUCGGGGGGGAUGUCAGACCAGUCCACAGGUCAGCCGUCGCCGGUCAGCCUGUCCCCCACUCCCCCGAGUACCCCCUCCCCGUACGGCCUGGGCUGCCCCCCAGGGCACGCACCUGCCUCCUCCCCCGGGCAGGCCCCACUUGGGGCGCCCCACUCCCUGUCCUCUCCCCCGUCUCUGACCGGUACACUCACCAAGUCGCGGCCCACCCCCAAGCCCCGGCAGAGACCCAGUCUGCCCCCUCCGCAGCCGCCCACUGUCCCCCCCACCGCCCCCCAGCCCAUGGAGCAGGGCCUGCUGGACGGAUUGUCCCCCGGGGAGAGCAUGUCCACAGCAGAUCUCUUCAGUUUGGAAAUCCCCUCCAUCAAUGUCAAUCUGGACAGCCUGCUGGACGAGUUCAGGGUGGGCGCGCCCUGCCGGAGCUCCAUGGCCGUGGCUGACCACUCUCCAGAGAGGGAGCCCUUGACCGAGGAGGAGUCCCAGAGCACCACGCUAUAACCCCUGAGCCCAGCCAGCAGCAGCCCAGCCCUGCCAAGCCCUGCCAAGCCCCGCCCACCUUCUGCUGAGGCCCUGCCCAAGCACAAGGCCUCCACCAGCCCUCCUCCCUGCUUCCUCACCCCUCCAUUGGAACUGGACCCCGUCCUCUCCCCUACAGAACACUCACACCUGCUCCAACCUUCUCACUGAUAAGUAGAUAGAAUAUGUGAUACCAUCUACACAACUCACAACUUGUGCCAUAGCAGAAACAAUGGACGGUGGACUUUGGGAAUGUUGAGUUUAUUGUGUAUUGUGGACAUUGUGCCACGCUUGUUUUCUCUCUGAUCGAUUCUGCUUUUUUUCUUUCUGCCUUAUAAUCGGAGCCUGAAGUUAAAUUGCAAUACAGUGGGACACAGGAGGGGUGUUUGCUGAUUCUAAAGGAACCUCAUAUUAUUCUUUUUGCUGGAAAGCAUGAGAUCAUAGUGCCCCCUCAUGGCGUGAGAGGGUAGUACUUGCUCAUAUUCUUUACAGGGUCCAAGGAGGUAGACUGGUUUCAUUUCUUAUAGAUGAACUGAAGACAUAAAGCAUGCGAACUUUGUUUGAGUCUAGUUUUACAAUGCUGAGGCCUCAUUUGAAUCCUUUACUCGCUCUCUCUAUGUCUAUCUCUAUCUAGCGAUCUCUCUGUCUUUCUGACAUGCACGCAGGCCUAUACAUACCACUGCUUUGGCAUAGACAAUACCAAAUACUCGAUUACUGACGAAAUGGGCACUCGUACAGCCUAGCACAUUAUGAAAAUGUUCUUGAACGGUUUGUAAUGCACCAGUAAAACAAUGAGAUAAGAGCUCAUGGUAGAUAUUUGUCUCACUCUCCUAAAAUGUAACAUGAAGGUCAGUGGUACAUAUUCCUUUUACCGUUCGCUCCUCCAGUGGCAGCUGCAGUUCCGCUGGUAAAGAGAGGUCAGACCAUUAAAUACGUAAUUUGUGCCUCCUAUUCAGACUUCAUUUAUCAGGAUAUAAAGAGUAAUGACAGGUUCCGCUCCUGUGUAAAUACGAAGACUGUACAUAAAGAUCUGUAGAUAUGUGUUCAGGAGAGGACAAAUGUAAAGGCAAAUAUGAAUUAUAUAUUCAUAUGUGUGACAUGCCAUAUUUAUCUUGUAUAGAGAUAACGUUCUAUGAUAACUGAGUAUUAUUUUGUCCCUGAAUACUUGUUGCCAGAUUCACAGAGAGAGUGAGUGAGCUUUUGCACUUUUGUAAGCCAUGAACACUAACUUUAAUAAUAUGAAUGCGGAAUAUUUCAAAAAGGCCCAGCAGAGUUUCACCCUAUAGAAAAAUCUGAAUCUUUUGCAGGUCUCAUACAGCCUUAAUUGAAAACAAUAAAAGUGACAUACUGCACAAGUACAUUAUCAUUUCUCAUCAGAACAAUUCUGUAAAUGUAUAGCAAAAGCACUGGGAAUGAGCCAAGUUUUACAUUCGUCCGGAAAACUGGAGUUCAGAUUUUUUGUGGAUAGCAAGUGUACGCAGUGAAUUUUUGCCGGUUAAACGAGGACAAGGAUGACCAGCACAAAUGAACAGCUUUACUGAUCUAUUAACUAAGCAGAUGAUUUACUUCAUACAUGGCUACAAACCACUUGGCCCACUUCCAAACUCUGACCAUACUAAGGUACUUGAAGUUGGAGCAGGAAACUGUAAUGAGUACCAGAAGGCAGAGCUUGUGCUUUGUAGCCACAUAUGUAGUGAAUGUGUUGGUCACCAAAGCUGUUCUCUUGCCUUUAUUCUCCUCUUUCUGGUUGGCUAUUGCCACCAGACUUUGUUGUUUUCUCGUAUUUACUUCCCCAUCAAUUGUAUAUUUUAUUAGUCAGUAUCAGGGGUCAUUUGUCAAUACGAGCAGGCCUCAUUGUCUCACUGCCUUCUCUCUGACACGCUCUGGAUCAGGGCUGCACAAUAUGGGCAAAAUACUAGUAUCUUUAUUAUAUUACUACACAGUGCAAUUGACCUCCCAUAGUUACUGUUGCUACACCCAUCACACUUUCAGAUCAGGCUAUCUGGUGGCAUCCGUAUCACUUAGGCUUACAAACUUUAGUUCAGUUAUACAAUGAUAUAGAAGCACACAGAGGAGCACAAAUGAAACAUUAUUCAUUCUAAAAAACAAUCAAGAACAUUUUGCUUUACAAGAUGUUCAUUGCAGACAUGCAUGUUUGAGACAUGACAGAAUAUUAAUGUUGGCCGAUAUGAAAGUGAACAAAAUUGACUGCUAUCUGCGUUCUCACUGCAGGUUUGUUUUAAGGAGUUCUGUUGAUGGAAGAAUUUAGCAUUUAGAGGAAUUGUGAUUCUGAUUGUGACAGACAUCAAGUCAGCUAUCAAGUGUAAUGGAUUGGUGAAUCAAUCAAUUUUAUACUAUAUUGGCAAAAUAUUUGUUAAUCAUUGGUGAAUCAACAUUAUGACAUGAUAAAGAUUGGCCAGCAUCAUUUUGACCCAAAUACUUUCUUGGGUUAAAGUGAAUAGCUUGACUGACUCACAGAAACAGUCAUCCGGAGCUAUUAUUGGUCAGUAUGCUUGCAGCACACAGUAAGAAACAUUGUGCUUGGUCACUUAGCUUAUUUGCAAAUUGUAGCCUUUUGUGACAAUAGUAUUGCAAAGACCUGUUUUGCAAUAUAUUGUGCAGCCCUACUCUGGUUUAUCGUGUUGAAGCUAUGACCAGUAGAUGGUUGGGUAAGCAGGCUAGAUAUGCCAUCUGUUUGGUCGGUUAGACUCUGCUGCACAAACCGACAGAUGGUGCGGUUUGUUGUGUCCGAACGGAAACGGGCAUGCCGUAAAUAGUGUCAGCGAAAGUGCAAUUACACUUUAUUCUGUUGUUAACCUCACUGGGAAGUGGCCCUAAGUGCGCGCUGCUUCUUUCCCAUCAUUAAGAGCCUGACUCUGAGAGGUUCCCAAACGUCAUGGCUUCUAUUAUUAUUCUCUCUUCUCCUUUAUUUGACUGAGCGUUAGUGUACUUCAGGGACAAGAGGACUUCUUUGCUGAAAUGUAUGGUAUGCCUCAGUGUGCAUUCUCAAUUUGUUCUAUUAUGAUGAUUAUUGGUGACUGAGUACUCUUUUUAAUAGUUGUAGUGAUUAUACAAUGAUAAUUGCAAGUGCCCUCACAAUAGAUAUUUAUGUCCUGAAGCUAAUGACAAGUUUUGUGUGUGUACUUUACUAGGUUUUUUUUGUUUGUUUUUGUUUUUUGAUUUUUUUUUUGGUCUGUAUUGGUUUCUUCAGUGUUCUAUGAAGAGGCACAUGUGCAUAUGAAAUAAAGAGUGGUGACUGAAUGUGAUUGAACCUUUACCCUCACUCUGCACUGAGGUAAAGGCUUUGUCAAUACCUUAUAGGAGCUGCAAUAGACGCAUGGUUCAUUUACUUUAUUUAGGUGACACUUCUGCGGUUCAUUUGUCCCUGUUGCCAGUCACUUUGAAUGCUUGUGUAAAUGUUGAUUUAGGGAAGGGAUUUACAUGCGAAUGCAUGAGUCUGUCGGUCACUUCUGGGAUUAUUAUCAUACAGUCAGCGGCACACCAUUUCUGAGGCUAGAAAUUGCCCUGUAUACAGCUGCUGGAACUGCUAGGACCAGGCUAAAUCAAUCAAGGGCCAUGCUGAAGUGUAGUUAACAGUUAGCAGCAGUGUACAGUGACCAUUGUUACUUAGCAACCAGUGGUUGGUCAAAAAAAUAUGCUGAUGACAACAUGAGUUUAACUCUUUUUAAUCAGAUUGUGUAGUCAGACAUCAGCAAGGGUUUUUUUGACAAACCAUUGGUUGCUAAGCAACAAUGGUUGCUUUACUUUUAAUUGCUGCUAACCGUUAACUAGACUUUAGCAAAUAGAAGGAUAGUCAUAUUUGACAAGAAAAUCCCAAAAAAACGUUUGCAGUCUGUCAUAUUCCAAUAGGUCAUAUUCUGAAUCUGCUUUUUUCCCCUAAGCAACACAAAGUAACUUAAAGCAGCACAUCACUUGUGGUGGUACUUUGCUGGCUGAAGAACUUGCCAGUAUUAAAACACUUAAUGUUGGGGGUUUCUUGACUUUUUUGUUUACUCUGCAAAACUUUUAAGCAAUAGAGGACUCAAGGUUGUGCAAUAUUACUGUCACAAAAUCAUAUUCUAUUGCUUAAUUUUACCAGAGUGAAUCACAGUCUGAUUUCAGCUAGUAUAUUAUUUUCUUUGUUAAGGAAGACAGAUCACUAAUGAAAUCAUGUGGUAUUGUGCAUGUUUAACACAGAUACCUGUGGACUUUGUGGCCCUUGCUGGGUACCAUUACUCUAGGACUUUCAGCAGUGUAUCCAAAGCAUCAGUUGCAGAUAUGCCAUUAGGACAAGUGAUUUCCUUUGCUUGUUUAAUGAUUUCACAUUUACAGCACUCACAUUUCACAAGUCCUUAGAGAGAUGUUCGAAGUGCAGCUCAAUUCAGUAACAUUGCAUUCUAAUAAAUGAAAACAAAAAUGACACAAGACAAAUGAACAAGACAGACGUUGCAUAUAUAAUCAAAAAUCACUUUUUUGGAGAUCAGAAAGCUGUCUGUUGACGUUGCCAUUUUUUUGUUGUUGUCUUAAGAUCAGAGAGUGGAUGUGACAAUGCAGUGCAUGCACUUAGUCUCUUCUGAUAAUUCAUGAUUCUUGUCACUUUCUUUUAAGACUGCUAAAUGUUAUGAGUAAACUGGGGAGGGGGCCAAAAAUAUUAGUUAUGCGUGAAGAACUGGUCAAAAAAAAAAACAUUAAUGGGUUUACAUAUGAGUGCGCACUGUCCAUUGAUGUACAGCCUCUCCCCUGCAUUCAUAACUUAUGUACAAACUUGCCUGUAAGUCACUUCCCUCCCUUCCCCACCCCUCCCCUCAGCUUAGCAUAUCAGUGGAACAACACAGUCUGUACUGUGAAGCCUACCGCAAUCCUGAUCAGAAUGUCAGAAAUAGAUAUAUAUAUAUUAAACUCUACAUUUUUAA